CCUUUGUCGGUUUCAGACACAGACACUACACUCUCUGCUAAUUACCACAACCAUUGUUACUAAGAAAUAGAAACAAUGCAACUUCUCCCAGCAAUAUUCCUUACAAUUCUCGCAACAACGACGGUACAAGCUCAGGAUUGUAUAUGCACUUAUGAGUUAGCUCCAGUGUGUAGUGGCGGCGUUACCUAUGGAAAUGCAUGUAUGGCGAAAUGUGCAGGAGCAGAUGUCAAUAAAAUUAUGAGUGGAGAGUGCCCACCCGGUACUCAAAACCUCACCAAAACCUGGAGCGGAUAAUCACAGUCCGCUUCUCACAUGGAUGGUGUUAUGCUUCGUCUCAG